GGGGCGGUGUAGGCUAGAGAAGAGCAUGAAGCUGAGGAGGAAGGAGCGCCGCCUGCGCGCAGGCCCAGAAGCGCCCGAGCCCCGGCUGCCGGCGACGCCCCAGAGCGGAAGAGGGAAGUGAAGGCGCCAGGCUGCGGGUUCCUGGUGGGCUACGCUUACCGAGGUAGAAGCAGCAACCGAGAGGAGGCUUUUGCCACCGGUCCGGAUCGGGGAUGUCGAAGAACACCGUGUCGUCGGCCCGGUUCCGGAAGGUGGACGUGGAUGAGUACGACGAGAACAAAAGAGACAAGCUCUGGGUCAGGCACUACAGAUGGAGGAACAAGUGAACUCUGUGGUUUUCCUUUUAGGGGAAUGACUGUAUAUUCUGACAGUCUGAUUGGCCUUCCGUGUCUCGUACUUGCUAACGCACUGGUGCUUUCAAAGACUAAAUUUAAUAGGAUUUUACAUUUGAUUGACAUCAUUGAAACCAACAUACUGUUUUCCAAUAUUGAGCAUAGUGACUAUGGAAACAUGACAGCUGCCCUCCAGGCAGCUCUGAAAAAUCCCCCUAUCAACACCAAGAGUCAGGCGGUGAAGGAUCGAGCCGGCAGCAUUGUCUUGAAGGUGCUCAUUUCUUUUAAAGCGAAUGAUAUUGAAAAGGCAGUUCAGUCCCUGGACAAGAAUGGUGUGGAUCUUCUCAUGAAGUAUAUUUAUAAAGGCUUCGAGAGCCCCUCCGACAAUAGCAGUGCUGUGUUACUGCAAUGGCAUGAAAAGGCACUUGCUGCUGGAGGAGUCGGGUCCAUUGUUCGGGUCCUGACCGCAAGGAAAACCGUGUAGUCGGCGGGAACUGGACAGCCCAUGGGUGUGGGAGUUGCUGGUACAAAGACCAAAACAACCAAAUGCCACUGCUGCCCUUCGGGUAGCAUCUGUUUCUCUCAGCUUUGCCUUCUUGCUUCCUUUUUCAUAUCCGUAAAGAGCAAAAUCACAUAUCAGUUUUCCUUUCAUGAAAAUUGGGAUAAUAGAGAGGAAAUGUUUAUGAACAGGAGGGUUUCAUGCUCUCAAAAAUGAUUUUGGUGUAUACCUGUCUGUAUAUAGUAUAAUUUGCCUUCAAGUUUAAAUGUGCAAUUUUAACCCCUAUCAGCUGGUUGGGGUUUUGUUUCGUUUUGCUUUUUUUUUUUUUGGAAGUGUUUUGUUUUGUUUUGUUUUUGACUAAUAGAAAUUUGAUCAGAAUUUGAGGCCAGUUUCCUAACUCAUUCCUAGCCAGGAAAUGAUCUUUAUAAAAAAUAUAUUUGAGAAACUGGCAGCUAUUAACAUUGCAAAACUGGACCAUAAUUCCCUUAUUUAAGCAAAAUGUGUUUCUGGAACAAGUGGUGGGUGAACAGCGCUCCCAAGUUCCAGCUCUGUUUCUGCUUACCUCCAGAUCAUGUGAGUUUAAGUACGCUUUUUCCUCUCUGCAUCCAAUAAUCAUGGCCUCUUGAUUUCUUUGUGGUCUCCAGGGUCCAGAGCAAGGAGUCUUGCUCUACAAAAAUGUAUCUAUGAAAUGCCAGAGCCUGUUUGGCACGAGCAUAAAACUUUGUUCUAAUAAUAUGACCCAAUUUGGGGAAACUACUCCAAAUGAGAGAAGACGGGGAAACAAUGAUGAAGUUCAAACUCUGGGCAGCCUCUGAAUGAAACGCUAUUUUCUUUAGAAAUACAAUAGCUGCCUUAGACAUUAUGAGGUAUAUGACUAGUGUUUAAUGUGCCCUAUAAAUGUCUUCAGCGUUCUUCAGGGUAAUUAGGAUCUUAAAAGAUUUGGUUCAGAUCCAGACACAUACACAUUCCGUAUUUUAGCUCAGUGGUUUUCAAAAAAGGAAAAUGCCACACAGCAAAAAGUGUUUACUUUGGUGGACAAACCAGAUUGGUUCUCAAAAAAUGACCGGUGCUUAUAAAAAGUUAUCAUUCAAUAACUCCAAAACAAACCACCUGAAUGCAUAUGACCAAGAGGGAAAUCAGCCUGUGUUUAGUAUUUACAUUGGACACCAGUUUCGUAAUCACUGUCGUACGUAAAAACUGGUGGAGAAAUUCUGUAACCUCUUUGCUGUUUUUGAUACCUGCGUUUUGUUUUGUUUUGUAAAAAUGAUAAAAGUUCGGAAAAUAAAAUGUCAGUGUUGAAUAAUUUA